AUGGCUUACUUCAACAAAAUAUGCCGUGCCUGUUUAACUGCCAAGGAAUCUUUCAAGUAUUUUUUAUUCGACAAUAUUUCAUCAAAUAUGUAUUCAUAUUGCACAUCAGUAGAAGUCCAACAGAAUGAAGACUUGCCUAAAGCUAUAUGUGAAAUUUGUUAUGAACUACUUAUGAAACUUUUCGAUUUCAAACAAACUUGUAUUAAAUCUCAAAAUACUUUAUUAGAAUGUAAUAAAUCAUUAAAAAUAGAAAGUAAUGUAUGGUUGACUAUAGAUAUAGAUUCACACACUGUAGCUGGUGAAGAUGAGUAUAGCAAAGAAUUUGAUACGAGCGAUGUGAACACUGAACAGGCUGAAGAUGGACCAUAUAACAACUGUGUAUUAGACAGUGAUAAAAGGGAAAUUGAUAAUACUAAUGAAUUAGAAACAAAAAAUGAAUUAUCUUGUGAUAACACUACAAAUAAAAAAACAUCUAAAAGAUUAGAAGAGUUAGCCUCGCCCAACCUAGUGGUUGUUAAAUCUGUGUCAAAAACAAAUUUGUCCACAUCAAAGAAGCCAAAAAUAUUUUCAUGUAAGUUGUGCAAGAGUAUUUUUAGCUAUCCCGAACGGUUCGAAGCGCACAAAUUGGAGCAUGAGGGUAAAGAAGUAUCAAUUCAUUGUGCCCCAUGCGACAAAAUCUUCAUGACAUGGGGUGGUCUGCGACGGCAUAACGAGAGCGAACAUACUCGCGUUAGCCUCGACAGCCUCAAGUGCCGCACUUGUGGCAAGACGUCCAAAAACAAGCGUACACUGCGUAUGCACCAGAAAACGCACGGUGAACGCAGUCCAUGUAUAUGCGACAUUUGUGGGAAAACGUUUGUCUCCACCGCUGUACUAAAGGGUCAUAUGGAAACUCACGAGGAAAACCGGGAGCGAAAGCACGAGUGCGAUCAGUGUUACAAGAAAUUCUUUUCAAACACAGUAUUAUUGUCUCAUAUAUCAAAAUGUCAUAGAGAUAAAGACGAAGAUAAAAUUCAGGAAAUUCCGGAGUUAACAAAAGUAUUAAAGAAUCAGACGCAUUGCAGAAAAAGACGUAUAGACAAUCACUUCCGGAAUUCAAAUCUAUUUCAGAUACAGACUGAGAAGGUUUCCGAAAUUCGCAGUAAAGUAUAUUUUGCGUUGUAA